UGCUGUUUUUGGUCCAGCCCUCCUCACCGCCGCAGCCUCAUCAGCAGCAGAAACAGGAGCCCAAGAUGGUAGCAGCGCACACUUCUUCACAUUCAUCGGAAUCUACCGAGUGGAUUGUCUGCUUGGAUAAACGCCCUUCAGAGCGCUCUGGAGAGGAUGUCGACAUAAUCCUGGCCCGUCUGAAAAAUGUGAAGGCCUUUGAGAGGUUCCACCCCAGUCUGCUGCAGCAGAUCUGUCUGUGUAGUUUCUACGAGUGCUUGGAGAAAGGAAUCACAUUGUACCGCCAGGGAGACAUUGGCACCAGCUGGUAUGCUGUCCUGUCUGGUUCUUUGGAUGUCAAAGUUUCAGAGACUUCAAGUUAUCAGGAUGCUGUUACGAUCUGCACCCUGGGAACUGGCACAGCAUUCGGGGAGUCGAUCCUGGAUAACACCCCCCGACAUGCCACCAUUGUCACGCGGGAAUUCAGUGAGCUCCUCCGCAUCGAGCAGAGGGAGUUCAGGUCUCUAUGGGACAGAUAUCAUCAGUGCAUGGCGGGACUGCUUGCCCCUCCCUAUGGUGCGAUGGAAAGUGGGUGCAAUGCUGACAGAAUGCCAGACAAAGAGAACAUAAGCAACAACUCAUAUGUUACAGGCUCCAAACACCAGAAUAAGAAGUCAUUCAUUCAAAGUCCAGCCAAAGCCCACCUUAAAUGCAUUUCCCAGGUCCCUUCAGAGAAGAUCCUGAGGGCAGGGAAGAUCCUCCGUAAUGCCAUCCUCUCCAGGGCACCUCACAUGAUCAGAGACAGGAAGUACCAUUUAAAGACUUACAGGCAGUGCUGUGUGGGGACAGAGUUGGUAGACUGGCAGCUGCAGCAGAGCUCCUGUAUCCACUCUCGUAUUCAGGCUGUGGGCAUGUGGCAGGUGCUGCUGGAGGAAGGAGUCCUCAACCACGUGGACCAGGAGCUGAGCUUCCAGGACAAAUACCUUUUCUACCGUUUCCUGGAUGACGAGCAGGAAGAUGCUCCUUUUCCCAAUGAGGAGGAGAGGAGAGAGAGCCAGGAGGAGCUGCAGGACACCCUGCUCCUCUUGUCACAGAUUGGACCUGACGCCCACAUGAGGAUGAUUCUCAGGAAACAUCCGUCUGAAAGAACAGCAGAUGAUUUGGAGAUCAUUUAUGAAGAGCUGCUCCACAUUAAGGCCUUGUCUCACCUUUCCACCACUGUAAAGAGAGAGCUGGCAGGAGUGCUGAUCUUUGAAUCCCAUGCAAAGGCAGGAACAGUGUUGUUCACUCAGGGGGAGGAGGGCACAUCAUGGUACAUUAUUCUGAAGGGCUCAGUCAAUGUUGUCAUCUAUGGAAAAGGCGUUGUGUGCACUCUUCAUGAAGGAGAUGACUUUGGAAAGCUUGCUCUUGUAAACGACGCCCCCCGCGCCGCCUCCAUUGUGCUGCGAGAAGACAACUGUCACUUCCUGAGAGUGGAUAAGGAGGACUUUAACAGGAUUCUGAGGGAUGUGGAGGCUAACACAGUCCGUCUGAAGGAGCACGGUCAGGACGUUCUGGUGUUAGAGAAAAGUCUGAGCAGCUGCCGAACCUCCAGCCAUGGAGUCUCAUCCUCCCACUACAAAUACAAGGUGAUGUCGGGGACUCCGGAGAAGAUUUUGGAGCACCUCCUUGAAAUGAUGCGAUUGGAUUCUCAAUUCUCAGACUCAGAUUCAGCCUUAGAUGACUUUGUCCUCAUGCACUGUGUCUUCAUCCCAAACACCGAAUUAUGUCCAGUGUUGAUCGCCCACUACCAUGCUCAGGCCUCACAGGGCUCUGAACAAGAGAAACUUGACUACACGCUCAAUAACAAGCGGAGAGUGAUUCGCCUGGUGAUGCAGUGGACUGCAUUACAUGGAGAUCACCUGCAGGAGGAGGACAUGUCCAUGGCCUUCUUAGAGGAGUUUCUCCUGGCUGUAUCUACUGAUGCCAAAGUGAUUCCAGUGCUCAGAAAUCAACUGAUGGAACUGGAGAGAAUCGUAAAGCAAAAUUCUGAAGAUGCCAGAGUCUCACAGAAAAAGCACAAAGUCCUUCUGCGACAGUUCAGUAUGGGAGACGAGAAGCUUCAGAAACGCCAGCCGAUCAGGAGUAAUGAUGAAAUUCUGCUCAAAGUCUACUGCUGCGACCACACCUACACAACAAUCCGUGUCCCUGUGGUGGCCUCAGUCAGGGAGGUCAUCAGUGCCGUGGCUGACAAGCUUGGGUCAGCGGAGGACUUGCUCUUGGUCCAUCUCAGCUCUGCAGGAGAAAAAGUCAUCUUCAAGCACAAUGAUAUUUCAGUAUUCUCCACAGUCAGUAUAAACGGGCGAUUGUUUGCCUGCCGGAGGGAUCAGCUCGAUUCUUUGACCCCCUUACCUGAGCAGGAGGGCCCAUCUGCAGGGUUUUUGGCCAGCUUUGAGCUAAUGAGCUCUAAGGACGUUGCUUACCACAUGACCUCCUAUGACUGGGAGCUUUUUAACUGUGUACAUGAGCUUGAACUCAUCUAUCACACAUUUGGGAGGCAAAACGUGAAGAAAACCACGGUGAACCUGGACUUGUUCCUGAGGAGGUUCAAUGAGAUCCAGUUUUGGGUGAUCACAGAGAUAUGUCUGUGCUCUCAGUUCAGUAAAAGGGUUCAGCUUCUCAAGAAGUUCAUUAAGAUCGCUGCCCACUGUAAGGAGUACAGGAACCUGAACGCCUUCUUUGCCAUCGUGAUGGGCCUGAGUAACCCAGCAGUGUGCCGAUUAAAUCAGACCUGGGAGAAACUUCCCAGUAAAUUCAAGAAGUUUUACGGGGAAUUUGAAAACUUGAUGGACCCGUCCAGAAACCACCGGGCAUACCGACUCACUGUAGCCAAGCUGGAUCCUCCCAUCAUCCCUUUCAUGCCUCUGCUAAUCAAAGACAUGACCUUCACUCACGAGGGCAACAAGACGUUUAUCGACAAUUUGGUCAAUUUUGAGAAAAUGCGGAUGAUAGCCAACACAGUGAAGAUACUGAGAUACUGCAGGAGCCAAACAUUCAGUCCAGGUUCCCCUCUAGCAAGCAAGAACCAUCCUGAAAUCCGGACAUACGUGCGUCAGCUCCACGUGAUUGACAACCAAAGGACUCUAACUCAGCUGUCUCAUGCACUCGAGCCCCGCAGGUCUUAAAACCCACUCAGGGAGACACAUGUUACACUCUGAUGCUGCUUGGUCAUGUGACUUGUGUUUGCAUAUGGGUGAAUUGACUCCAGCACAGGCAUUCAUAUGGAAGACCUAAUGACAUGCCAGAUAAUGAGAUAUUGUCUCAGACACUUGUUCAGCUUUUUAUUACAGUAAUUUGUGAUAUUUAAACAACAGUAAUUGUUGGUAGAUGAAGUACCUCUCAUAUCACUCUGCUGCAGAUAUCAUCUUCAAGUCAAAAAGAGCAACAGUUUAAGUAUUAAAGAUCUUCGGAGGAUCUUAUUCAUCAGAUUAACAUUUCAGAUGUAAACACUAUGUGAUGCUUUAAAAGUGCAAACCUCAUAUUUCUGAUAUUCAGUUGUUUCAUAUCUUUUGUAUCAAACCAUAUUUAUACAUAUUUAAGUGUGUGAGUUCCUUCUGUGUUGUAAAUGAAUAUUUAUUUUCACCUCAGCAUGCAAAGAGUUAAUAUGAUUGUUUGACUUUUUAUUCACAUGAGCACAUUUCUCUGAAGUCUGGGAUUCAGUCAAUGACCAAAAAAC